GUGGCAGCGGGAGCCGAGCCGGGCGGUGGGAGGUGAGAGGAGAGUUCCGCGUGGGCCCGAUCCUUGCCCUCUCCCUCCCCGGCCCCUGACCCAGUCGUAGUGGGGCGACGCCGGGAGCCAGGUCUUGCUCCCUGAGAUUCGCCCGGUCUGGUCAGCCUCCUCGGACCGCGUGUUCCCCCGCCCCGCUCACCCCACCCCCAAACCUGUUCCCACCGCCUUCUGGCCGCACCGCCCCUGCUUUCUGCAAGCUCGGGCCUGACCUUGCUGCCUGCACCUACCGGCUGUCUCUUCCCGCGUCUAGCCCUCACCUUCAUGCCUCAGUUCACUGCUCCUUAUAGUGACCCCAUCCCCCCAAGUUUAGGCCUGGCCAGUUGCUCCACUUCUCCACCCUGCUCAGCAGUUGUUGACCACCACGUCACCGGUCUCCUUCCAGGCUUGUCCUGCCCCAUGGAGGUCAGGAUGGUGGGGGAACGGCGCACUGGGGACCUCAUGGUGCCCUUGGGGCCUCGGCUGCAGGCAUAUCCCGAAGAACUUAUUCGACAGCGUCCUGGGCACGAUGGACGUCCUGAAUACCUGAUCCGAUGGAGUGUCCUGAAGUGUGGGGAAGUGGGUAGAGUGGAUGUGGAAGAGGGCAAGGCAGAGCACAUCCUCAUGUGGCUGUCAGCCCCCGAGGUCUAUGCCAACUGCCCCAUGCUGCUGGGUGAGUGGGCACUAUCUAAAGGACCUCAGCGUGAGCCAGCGGGGGGUUCAGGAAGCUUUCCCCGAGACCCAGGAGGCCUGGAUGACGUGGCAAUGGGAGAGAUGGAAGCUGAUGUCCGGGCGCUGGUGCAGAGGGCUGCCAGGCAGCUGGCGGAAGGUGGGACCUCGAGCCUCACGGCCGCUGUGCUCCACACCAUCCACGUGCUCAGUGCCUACGCCAGCAUCGGGCCCCUCACUGGGGUCUUCAGGGAGACGGGAGCCCUGGACCUGCUCAUGCACAUGCUGUGCAACCCCGAGCCUCAGAUCCGGCGGAGUGCGGGCAAGUUGCUGCAGGCUCUGGCAGCCCACGAUGCCGGGAGUCGGGCUCACGUCCUUCUGUCACUGAGCCAGCAAGAUGGCAUCGAGCAGCACAUGGACUUUGACAGCCGCUAUACUUUGCUGGAGCUGUUUGCAGAGACCACAUCCUCUGAGGAGCACUGCAUGGCCUUUGAGGGCAUUCAUCUGCCUCAGAUCCCAGGAAAGCUGCUCUUCUCCCUGGUGAAACGCUACCUGUGUGUCACUUCCUUGCUGGACCAGCUGAAUAACAGCCCAGAGCCCGGGGCUGGAGACCGAGGCUCCCUGCCCCCAGGGGAGGAGAAAAGCCGGGGGCAGCGGGAGCUGGAGUUCAGUAUGGCUGUGGGCAGCCUCAUCUCAGAGCUGGUGCGGAGCAUGGGCUGGGCCCAGAACCUCGGCGAAAGGGGCAUGUCGCCUCCCCGGCCGGCCCGGUCCAUCUUUCAGCCCUGCGUUUCAGGCCCCAGCGGUUUACUCCCCACCAUGGUUACCACCCCCAGAAAGCAAGAACGGGCCUUCCGCCAGCGUUAUGAGUUCUCUAGCCGGAGUGGCUAUGGCGAAUACGUGCAGCAGACACUGGUGCCGGGGAUGCGCGUGAGGAUGCUGGAUGAUUACGAGGAGGUCAGUGCUGGGGAAGAGGGCGAGUUUCGGCAGAGCAACAAUGGCGUGCCCCCUGUGCAGGUCUUCUGGCAAGCGAUGGGUCGCACCUACUGGGUGCACUGGCACAUGCUAGAGAUCCUGGGCCCUGAGGAAGCUGCUGUGGGUACAGCUUCAGCAGCUGUGGAGAAGGGGGCAGGGCCCACUGUGUUGGGCACAGCACUUCCCUCCUGGGACUGGAAGCCUGUGGAUGGGCUCUACUCUUUGCCAUAUCUCCAGCCUGAGCCUCAGAAGAAUGAGAAGUUGGGAUACCUGACCCAGGCUGAGUGGUGGGAACUGCUCUUCUUCAUCAAGAAGUUGGACAUAUGUGAGCAGCAGCCAAUUUUUCAGAAUCUUCGGGAGAACCUGGAUGAGACCCUGGAUGAAAAGGCCCUCGGUGAGAUCUCCGUGCCCAAAGAGGUGGCUGAAGGUCUGCUGCAGGUUCUCUGGAAUCGGUUUGAGGGGAGCACCCUCAGUGACCUGCUCAACUCCAAAAUCUACACCAAGUACGGGCUUCGACCUGAUAAACUAAGCAGCUCAUCUUCUUCCCGAAGUCGCUCCUGUACCCCAGAUCCAGAGGAGGCCAGGUUCUCAGAGGAAGAGACCGAGUCCCCCAAAGCAAAGGCUGAGCCCCGCAAAGCACAGGCAGAGGCUGCCAAGGGAAAAACUGAGCCCCCCAUGGCACAGAGCGAUUCACAGCUGUUUAACCAGCUUCUGCUGACUGAGGGAAUGGCUCUGUCCCCCGAAAUAAAGGAGGCAGCCAGUGAAAUGGCUAGAGCCUUGCGGGGUCCAGGUCCACGCAGCUCCCUGGAUCAGCAAGUGGCGGCUGUUGUGGCUACUGUGCAGAUAUCCAGCUUGGACACAAACCUGCAGCUGUCGAGCCUCGAUGCCCUCUCUCAGGCUGUGGAGGAGGUCACCGAGCGGGACCACCCUCUGGUCCGUCCUGACAGAUCCCUGAGAGAGAAGCUAGUGAAGACACUGGUGGAGCUGCUGACCAACCAGGUGGGAGAGAAGAUGGUGGUGGUGCUGGCCCUGCGCCUCCUGUACUUGCUCAUGACCAAGCAUGAAUGGCGCCCCCUCUUUGCCAGGGAGGGUGGCAUCUACGCUGUGCUGGUUUGCAUGCAAGAAUACAAGACUUCUGUCUUGGUGCAGCAGGCAGGGCUGGCGGCACUGAAGAUGCUGGCCAUUGCCAGUUCCUCGGAGAACCUCGAUUUCUUUACUAGCCAAGACGCUGUCCACCCGUUGUUCGAUGUGCAGAUGACCAGAGAGAUCUUCGCCAGCAUCGACUCAGCCACCCGCCCGGGCUCGGACAGCCUGCUCCUCACCAUCCCUGCCGCGGUGAUCUUGAUGCUGAACACUGAGGGGUGCUCCUCUGCAGUGAGAAAUGGCCUGAUCCUGCUCAGCCUGCUUUUGUGCAACCACCACACUCUGGGAGACCAGAUUAUCACCCGAGAGCUGAGAGACACCUUGUUUAGGCACUCGGGGAUCGCCCUGGGGACGGACCCCAUGCCCACCACACGCACCAUCCUCAUGAUGCUCCUCAACCGCUACUCGGAGCCGCCGGGCAGUCCUGAGCGCACAGCAACACUGGAGCCCCCCGGUGCCCAGGGCCAGGAUGGGUCCCCUGAGCUGCUGAUCCGGUCCCUGGUUGGAGGCCCAUCUGCAGAACUCCUCCUGGACCUGGAGCGUGUGCUGUGCCGUGAGGGGGGCCCUGGGGGGGCCCUGAGGCCCCUCCUCAAGCGCCUCCAGGAGGAGGCCCAGCCCUUCCUCCUGUUGCUGCGGACUCUGGAUGCCCCCGGGCCCAACAAAACCCUGCUGCUGACUGCACUGGGGGUCAUGACCCGGCUGCUGGAUUACUCUGAGGCAAUGGCCCUCCCCUGGCAUGAGGUCUUGGAGCCCUGCCUCAACUGCCUGAGUAGCCCCAGUAGUGACUCUGAGAUUGUUCAGGAGCUGCUCCGCUUCCUGCACCGCCUGGCCUCGGCGCACAAGGACUAUGCGGUGGUGCUGUGCUGCCUGGGAGCCAAGGAGGCCCUCUGCAAAGUCGUGGACAAGCACUCGGCGCUGGUGCUGCUGGCCGGCGAGCUUCGCGACCUGCUGACCGACUGCGAGAAGCACGCCCAGCUCUACAGCAGCCUCACCUCCAGCAUCCUGGCUGGCUGCAUUCAGAUGGUGCUGGGCCAGAUCGAAGACCACAGACGAACCCACCAGCCCAUCAACAUCCCCUUCUUUGACGUGUUCCUCAGGCAUCUCUGCCAGGGCUGUGACCGCCACCCCCUCCCACCGCCCCCAGGCUCCAGUGUGGAAGUGAAGGAGGACAAGUGCUGGGAGAAGGUGGAGGUGUCCUCCAACCCGCACCGGGCCAGCAAGCUGACGGACCGCAACCCCAAGACCUACUGGGAGUCCAACGGCAGCACCGGCUCCCACUCCAUCACCGUGCACAUGCGCCGUGGUAUUCUUGUUAGGCAGCUGACUCUGCUGGUGGCCAGUGAGGACUCCAGUUACAUGCCGGCCAGGGUGGUGGUGUAUGGGGGUGACAGCACCAGCUGCAUCAGCACUGAGCUCAACAUGGUGAAUGUGGUGCCCUCCGCCAGCCGGGUGGUCCUCCUGGAGAACUUGAACCGCUUCUGGCCCAUCAUCCAGAUCCGCAUAAAGCGCUGCCAGCAGGGUGGCAUCGACACCCGGGUUCGGGGUGUGGAGGUCCUGGGCCCCAAGCCCACUUUCUGGCCACUGUUCCGGGAACAGCUGUGUCGCCGUACAUGUCUCUUCUACACAAUCCGGGCGCAAGCCUGGAGCCGGGACAUAGCAGAGGACCGCAGGCGCCUCCUCCAGCUCUGCCCCAGACUGAACAAGGUUUUGCGCCAUGAACAGAAUUUUGCUGAUCGCUUCCUCCCUGAUGAUGAGGCCGCCCGAGCGCUGGGCAAGACUUGCUGGGAGGCCCUGGUCAGCCCCCUGGUGCAGAACAUCACCUCCCCCGGCCUGUCACCUCAGUGUUCCUUUCCUUCCUCCACAGACUGCUCCCUGAGACUCUGGUAUUUGAAUCUUCCCUCCACCCCACCCCCAAUCUGUUACCAUAUCCCCAGACUCCAGCUGAAGCAAACCGUGGUGGGAGGGGGGCGAGGGCUGUGCUGGCCCCCAAACCUUUUUGUACCAUUGCUCCUUCUCCCGGGCGUCUGUUGCCCCAUUUCCCGUGGGGACCUGUUCCUGACCCAUCUUCUUUUAGACGCGGAAGGUGUGAGCUCCCUGGGAUGGCUGCUGGGUCAGUACUUGGAGCAGAGGGAGAGCUCUCGGAACCCCCUGAGUCGAGCAGCAUCCUUUGCCUCUCGAGUUCGUCGCCUUUGCCACUUGCUGGUGCAUGUGGAGCCUCCUCCGGGGCCUUCUCCUGAGCCAUCCACUCAGCCCCCCAGCAGGAACAGUAAGGGUCAGGAUCGGAGCCCUGGGCCUUCACCUGUUCUCCCGAGCAGCAGCCUGAGGAACAUGACACAGUGCUGGCUGAGCGUGGUGCAGGAGCAGGUCAGCAGGUUCCUGGCUGCAGCCUGGAGGACCCCAGACUUCGUGCCUCGUUACUGUGCACUCUAUGAGCACUUGCAGAGAGCAGGCUCAGAGCUCUUUGGGCCUCGGGCAGCCUUCACGCUGGCCCUGCACAGCGGCUUCUCAGGCGCCUUGCUGCAGCAGUCCUUCCUCACGGCUACUCACAUGAGUGAGCAGUUUGCCAGACACAUCGACCAGCAGAUCCAGGGCUGCCUGGUUGGCGGAACCCCUGGAGCAGACAUGCUGGGGCAGCUUCAGCGGCACCUGGAGCCCAUCAUGGUCCUUUCUGGCCUGGAGCUGGCCACCACUUUUGAGCACUUUUACCAGCACUACAUGGCGGACCGUCUCCUGAGCCUGGGCUCCAGCUGGCUGGAGGGGGCCGUGCUGGAGCAGAUCGGUUCCUGCUUCCCCCACCGCCUCCCCCAGCAGAUGCUGCAGAGCCUGAGUGCCUCCGAGCGGCUGCAGUGCCAGUUCCACCUCUUCCAGCUCCAGCAGCUUGACAGGCUGCUCUUGGAGCAGGAGGAUGAGGAAGAGCAGGGCCUGGAAGAAGAGGAGGAGGAAGAGGAAGAAGAGGAGUCUGGGAAAGAAGUAUUUCUCAAGGACCCAGGUCCAACAGUUUCUAUACUGGUCCUGUCACCACGCUGCUGGCCCGUCUCCCCACUCUGCUACCUGUACCAUCCCAGAAAGUGCCUUCCCACAGAAUUCUGUGAUGCCCUUGACCGCUUCUCCAAUUUCUACAGCCAGAGCCAGAACCAUCCAGUCCGGGGACCACAUCGGCGGCUGCAGUGGACGUGGCUGGGCCGGGCUGAGCUGCAGUUUGGGGACCAGACCCUGCAUGUGUCCACUGUGCAGAUGUGGCUGCUGUUGAAUUUCAACCAGACAGAGGAGGUGUCAGUAGAAACCUUGCUGAAGAAUUCUGACCUCACCCCACAGCUACUGCUCCAGGCACUCCUGCCCCUCACCUCUGAGAAUGGCCCUUUGACCCUGCAUGAGGGUCAGGACUUUCCACAGGGGGGUGUGCUGCGAGUGCGUGAGCCUGCGCUCCGGCCCUGUGGGGAGGCCCUGUGGCUGAUACCUCCCCAGAAGUACCUGGAUGUAAAGAAGGAUGAGGGUCGAACCCUGGAACAGAAGAGGAACCUCUUGAGCUGUCUUCUUGUCCGUAUCCUCAAAGCCCACGGGGAGGAGGGCCUCCACAUUGAUCAGCUGGUUUGUCUGGUGCUGGAGGCCUGGCAGAAGGGCCCAAACCCUCCCGGGAGCCUGGGCCGCACUGUUGCCGGGGGCGUGGCCUGUACCAGCACAGAUGUCUUCUCUUGCAUCCUGCACCUCCUGGGCCAGGGCUACGUGAAACAGCGUGAUGACUGGCCCCAGAUGCUGCUGUACGCCAGCCCAGAGCCCACGGGGCCCUGCCGGGGCCAGGCAGAGAUCCCCUUCUGUGGCAGCCGAACCACCGGGGCCUCCAAGCCCAGCCCAGAAGCUGUGGCCGCCCUGGCAUCCCUUCAGCUGCCUGCAGGCCGCACCAUGAGCCCCCAGGAGGUGGAAGGGCUGAUGGAGCAGACGGUGCGGCAGGUGCAGGAGACGCUGAACCUGGAGCCAGAUGUAGCUCAGCACCUUUUGGCUCAUGCCCACUGGAGUGCCGAGCAGCUGCUGCAGAGCUACAGUGAUAACCCCCAGCCACUGCUGCUGGCAGCUGGGCUGCGGGUGCCCCAGCCCCAGGCUGCCCCUACACGCCCCGACCACUGCCCUGUCUGUGUCAGCCCCCUGGAGCCGGAUGACGACUUGCCCUCUCUCUGCUGCAGGCACUACUGCUGCAAGUCUUGCUGGAAUGAGUAUCUGACAACUCGAAUCGAGCAGAACCUGGUGAUGAAUUGCACCUGCCCCAUUGCCGACUGCCCGGCCCAGCCCACGGGAGCCUUCAUUCGUGCCAUUGUCUCCUCGCCAGAGGUCAUCUCCAAGUACGAGAAGGCCCUGCUGCGUGGCUACGUGGACAGCUGCUCCAACCUGACGUGGUGCACCAACCCCCAGGGCUGUGACCGCAUCCUGUGCCGCCAGGGCCUGGGCUCAGGGACCACCUGCUCCAAGUGUGGCUGGGCCUCCUGCUUCAACUGUAGCUUCCCUGAGGCACACUACCCUGCCAGCUGUGGCCACAUGUCUCAGUGGGUCGACGAUGGCGGCUACUACGACGGCAUGAGUGUGGAGGCCCAGAGCAAGCACCUGGCCAAGCUCAUCUCUAAGCGCUGUCCCAGCUGUCAGACCCCCAUCGAGAAGAAUGAGGGGUGUCUGCACAUGACCUGCGCCAAAUGCAACCACGGAUUCUGCUGGCGCUGCCUCAAGUCCUGGAAGCCAAAUCACAAAGACUAUUACAACUGCUCUGCCAUGGUAAGCAAGGCAGCUCGCCAAGAGAAGCGGUUCCAGGACUACAACGAGAGGUGUACUUUCCAUCACCAGGCCCGGGAGUUUGCUGUGAACCUGUGGAACCGAGUAUCUGCCAUCCAUGAGGUGCCCCCGCCCAAAUCCUUCACCUUCCUCAGCGACGCCUGCCGGGGACUUGAGCAGGCUCGAAAGGUGCUGGCCUAUGCCUGCGUGUACAGCUUCUACAACCAGGAAACGGAGCAAAUGGACGUGGUGGAGCAGCAGACCGAGAACCUGGAGCUACACACCAAUGCCCUGCAGAUCCUCCUGGAGGAGCUCCUGCUGCAGUGCAGAGACCUGGCCUCGGCCCUGCGUCUCCUGCGGGCCGACUGCCUCCACAUGGGCCUGGAGCUGCUCCGGCGGAUCCAGGAAAGGCUGCUCGCCAUCCUGCAGCAUUCCACCCAGGACUUUCGGGUUGGUCUCCAGAGUCCAUCGUUAGAGGCCCGGGAGGCGAAAGCGUCCAACGUGCCCAGCAGUCGGCCCCGGGGCUCCUCGGGGCUGGAGACGGAUGAGGAGGAAGGCGAAGACGACAUGCCCGAGUGGCAGCAGGACGAGUUCGAUGAGGAGCUGGACAACGACACCUUCUCCUAUGACGAGGAGUCCGACAACCUGGACCGGGACGCUUUCUUCUUCGGGGAUGAGGAUGAGGAUGAGGAUGAGGGCUAUGACUGAGGGGCAGGAUACAGGGAGCAUCCGGAGCCGCCCAGAGCCGCGGGGCCAGGGGGCCGGCAGUUCAUCCCUGACCACUGUCCUGGGUGCUCGGAGGGGGCGGUUCCCAGCAUCUGCAGCACCUUCUUCUGUUUACUGAAUAAACUUUUUUCAUAUACUUCUCUGAA